CCAUAUCUUGAGACACUGCGAAUUCAUUGCCUUCUUUCGAAAGUCCAAAACCCUAGCUAAACCCUAGAAUAGCUGAGAAGUCAGAAGGGUUGAAAGCCGGAACCGGACCACAUCCGAGAGAGAGAGAGAGAGAGAUAUGGAGAAGGGGAAGAAAGCUUGCAGCAUCAUUUUAUGGAGAGGAACAGCGUCGUUGAGAAGGUUAUCGACGGCGACAGUGGCGGCGACAUCGUCGGCGGCGAAAGACAAAGAGACUUCUCUCUACCGUCGAUUGUCUGCCUUAGGCGGUAGUGAUCUGAAAGUGGCUGAUACUCUUAACGAAUGGGUGAGCGAGGGCAAACCUGUUCGGAGAUUCGAGGCUAUUGGCUACAUCAAUCAGCUCCGCAAGUACAAGAAAUACGAGCACGCUAUCCAGCUGUUGGAAUGGAUAGAGAACAGGGGUAGGAAGUUUACUCAUGGGGAUCAUGCAAUACGUAUAGAUCUUCUAUCAAAAGUCAAGGGAGUAGCUGCAGCUGAACAAUAUUUCAACGGUCUUAGGGAAUCUGCAAAAACCAAGGAAACCUAUGGAGCACUCCUUAACUGUUUCUGCCAAGAGAAAAUGACAGAUAAGGCGAUGGCCCUAUUUAAGGAGAUGGAAAGACUGAAGUUUGCUUCUACUUUAGCCUACAAAAAUCUCAUGUGCUUACGCAUGAGUUUGGGUGAGCACAAGAAGGUCCAACAACUAGCACAAGAAAUGAAGCAGAAGAAUAUACCACAAGAUGUUUUUGUGUAUAAUAUAUUGAUGAACAGCUAUGCCUCUUUAAAAGACAUUGAAGGAGUGGAGAGAGUUAUGGAGGAGAUGAAAGCAGCAGAUGGGAUCCAAAUUGACUGGGCCACCUAUGCUAACCUAGCAACAAUAUAUGUCAAGGCAGGACAAAUUGACAAGGCCAAUACAGCUCUUACAGAGCUUGAGAAAAUGGAUAACCUUCGAGAUCGUGAUGCGUUCCUUACUCUCAUUAGCUUAUAUGCACAGACUUCUAAUUCAUUGGGUGUCAAUCGGGUUUGGAAGUCUCUGAAGUCAGCCUUCCCAAAGACCAUCAACAGCAGUUAUCUGGUCAUGCUUCGAGCUCUCUCCAGAUUGGGAGAUAUGGAUGCCCUUAGCAAGUGCUGUGAGGAAUGGGAAUCUGCUUGCUCGAUCUAUGACGUCCGGUUAGCAAAUGUCCUUAUAGAUGCUUACCUCAAUCGCGGUAUGAUUAAAGAUGCUGAGUUGGUUGGUGAAAGGAUCAAGAAAAGGGGUGCCAAGCCUGACUUUAGGACAUUAGAGAUGUUCAUGACUUACUAUUUGAAAAACAAGCAGCUGGAUUUGGCGCUAAAAUAUGUGGACAUGGCUGCUUCUAAAGUGAAAGCUGAAAAGAGUGAGUGGAAGUUGAACCAAGAAACUUUAAAUUUGUUUCUGAAGUAUUUUGAAGAGAAGAAGGAUGUCGAUGGUGUAGAGAAGUUCUACGACAGCUUGAAGCAAGCUGACCGUGUUAGUACAAAAGUCUAUGAAUCUCUGCUUCGGACUUAUAUUGCUGCUGGUAGAAUUGAAUCCCAGAUGCGUAAGAGGAUAAAAGAUGAUGGGAUUGAGAUGAGUUCUGAGACAAAGAAGUUGCUUGAGAGGGUCUGCCCAUCGUAAGGUUAUAGUGCCAGUUAAAGAGUACCUUAAAGUAAAACCCAAAUGAUUGUGGCUUAAUGGUUCUCUGCAAAUUCCAUGAUCUCAGUGGUUGAGUUUUUUAUGACUCUCUGAUUGAAACUGUUUUGACACAGAUUCUCGCUCAAUUGCAGUCGUCUUUUUAUCAAGCAGUCUAAAAGCUGUGGAGUAAAAAAUUAAGCUACCCAGUUUUGGUUAUGAUCAAAUAAAUUUGUUCUCAAGAUACCUAAUUGUGCUUUUAAACAGACGAUGUUUAUGAAAUAUGCAUUUGAGCUUUGGUUUUAACUUGUAAUCUGUAAACUAUUUUGGUGUAUGCACAAGAAUUUGUUACCAGGUUUUUCCAGGAAGCUUGGUAACACUUUUUCUCUUGAACUUUCACAAGCUUGUGUAUUUUGUUGUCUUGAUCAAGUUGAACUGUGGAACCUCCAAUCUUUGAUUCUUUCA